CCUCCCUCCCUCCCUCCCAAGCUAAAAAUCGAAGCCCUUCUUUCCACAGUGAGUCCCUAUUCUCAGAUUGGGUUCGGUGUUGCCGCCGUGAAUCGUCAGCGGCGUGUGCCCCUCAAUCGCCGCUGUCCCCUCUCAUCAUAUCACGGUUUUAAUGAUGGAGGAGACACCUUCAAAUGAAAAUUCGGAGGAGCACUCAAUCACUCCUCCUCCUCCUCCUCCUCCUCCUCCCAAUGAUGCUACUCCUACUGCCGUUGCCGUUGCCGUUGCCGAUGCCGAUGCCGAUGCCGAUGCCGAUGCUAAUGCCGAUCACCAUCACCACGAAAACACGGUUCCUGAUCCCAUCAACCCCGGAGGCGUAGAGUUGAAGGCUGAGAUUGCCGAAGAAGAAGCGGAUGAAGUCAAAGGCAUACUUGAAGUCAUUGCAUCCACUGGCAAAUUUUGGCAUGAUUGGGACAAAUUGAAGAGCAUGCUAUCCUUUCAGCUGAAGCAGGUCUUGUCGGAGUAUCCUGAGGCGAAAAUGACUAGUGAGGAACAAAAUGCUUCUUUAGGAGAAACCUACCUGGAACUUGUGAAAAGGUUGGAUGAAGCUCUUCUUGGCUUUGUUGAAGGUCCUCCGUUUACACUGCAGCGGCUCUGUGAGAUCCUAUUGGAAGCACGAACUAUUUAUCCUAAUCUUUCAAAGCUUGGUUUAGCUCUUGAAAAGGUCCAAGCCUUGAUAGCAGACACUUCAUGCAAAAAAAAUGUUGGGAGUAGGGACUGUAGUCAAACUACCCCUUCCAGGAACCUAGUGGGAUCAGGAUCAGCACUGGAAUUUGUUGGUGACGUCUAUGUUAAGCAAAUCUAUUGAUCAAUAUCCACAAUCAACUGUGCAAAAGCCAGAUGAACCAGCGAAAGCAAGCGAAGAACUUAAGGCUCACCCCAAUUCAGUACAAAAUGGGGUCGAACCUAUGGUAGGAGAUGGAGAUGAAGUAAUGACAGAUGUAGAGGCUGAUAUAGAUGAUGAUAUGACCAUUGACAUGGAAGCUUUUGAAGAAAUAGUUGGAUCAUCAGAAAAAAAAUCCGAACCAACUGCAAAUUCUUAGUUUUGGGUGAUUAUUUUCGGUCAAUUGAAUGCCUCAAUUUUUACCGAGCUAAUGGCUCUAUUUCAUUGGAGUUCUGGAUUUCUAAAUGGGCACGGUUGGUCCAGUGUAUUCUGCUUCUGGGUUUGGUAAACUUCACGAUAGCGUUAAGGAAAGGAUAGAUCCUUGCGGCGAGGAAUUACAAAAGUCUUGUCUCAAUAUCCCAAGUGCUGUAUUUAUAAAAUAGCAUGAGAUCGAAGAUUACUUAGCUUUUCAUCUGCUUAUCAAGAUAAAAAAGUGAGGAUUACUUGGCUUUUCAGAUAUUAAAUUGGUAUUGCUGUAUUAAAUUAAUAAAUUGUGAACGAAUUUAAGCUCUUUAUGUGAUUUUAAAUA